AUGAGUCGAUUGUUGGAUUUGGUAUAUUGUUCUCUAAUUCUUUCUCUCAGAGUUUCGUGGUGAGACAGUCUGUUUGUUUGCUUGAUUAGGUUAUUCAUGUGGAUUCCAGCUUCAAAAUUGACCUCUUUGGGCAGGGGGGAGGGUUUUGAAGAUUAGGAAAGUGGUCUAUUGCUUUUCUAUGUAACCAGAUUUUCCAAGUUAUUGACAAACUUGGAUGGCUGCUGGUUCCUCACUUGAAGAGCAGUGUGAAAGCCAGACAGAUAGAUAUCCAUUGCUGAUGGAGCGGCCAGUUAAUGACAAUGCAGAUGAGCAUGUAAUAGAUGUAGUGAGAGGUUCUGCUUCUUCAACAUCAGUGGUUCAUGGAAAUGGGCACAAUGAAGAUAGAUCUUCGACAAGCACAAAUGCUUUUGCCCCUCAGUCAUCAACUUCUCAGACUGCGUCAAAUUCUAGAAAUGCUUCUUUCAAUAGGGGAAUUGAUAAUUAUGGUCGGCGCAAUAGAAGUCCUUUGAAUUCUGGUUUAUGGAUCUCAAUUGAGCUUAUUGUCAAUCUUAGCCAGAUCAUCGCAGCUGUUGUUGUUCUCUCUUUUUCAAGACACGAGAACCCACAAACUCCAUUAUUUGCAUGGGUCAUAGGUUAUACAGUAGGAUGUGUUGCUACUCUUCCACAUCUUUAUUGGCGGUACAUUAAUCGCAAUAGAUUGGCAACCGAGCAAGAUGCAACAAACUCGUUUCGGAAUAUUUCUCAAAAUAAUGCACCCGAGUCGAAUUCUUAUACUGCGAUUUCAGUUGCACAUGCUGUAGAAGCAGAAAGUGGCCACGGCUCCGGCGGGGCCUUGCAACUUAGACGUAAUACUAUUAGAGCUGCUCAAAGGCUCAAUCUGAAUGCACUUGUUGACCACUUGAAAAUGGCUUUGGAUUGCUUUUUUGCUGUAUGGUUUGUUGUUGGAAAUGUUUGGCUAUUUGGUGGCCGCACAUCUGCUUCUGAUGCUCCGAACUUAUACAGGUUAUGCAUAGUCUUCCUUACUUUCAGCUGCAUUGGAUAUGCUAUGCCGUUUAUCCUAUGUGCUAUGAUAUGCUGCUGCUUGCCUUGCAUAAUUUCAAUCAUGGGCUUGAGGGAGGAGAUGAUUCUGACAAGAGGAGCCUCUACAGAAUCCAUUAAUGCUCUGCCAACUUAUAAGUUCAAAGCAAAGAGAAUACAGAGUGCGGAUGAAGGUGAUAUUGAUUCAGAUGGUGAGGGUGGAAUUGUAGCUGCUGGAACUGAUAAGGAACGAAUCAUCUCAGCUGAAGAUGCUGUGUGCUGCAUAUGCCUCACAAAAUAUGUUGAUAAUGACGACCUCCGUGAGCUUCCAUGUGGCCAUUUCUUCCACACGGAAUGCGUUGAUAAAUGGCUCAAGAUUAACGCUCUGUGCCCUCUUUGCAAGAAGGAAGUAGGAAACACCACUUCUUCAUCAUCCGCUAACCCUAGCCGUGACCAUAUUGAGAGCAGAAUGGCAAAUCAUGCAGACCAACGGCAGGAAUCACAGUAGGUCAAGGGUUUGAAACUUUUUCCCCAGCUUUUGGAGAUGAUGAUGAAAAGCUUCCACCUGCUUCUCAUUUGGUUGCUUUGAGAUUGGCUUUUUAGCACAUAUAUACAUCAUAUAGUUGCAACCAUGGUGUUAUCUGUAGCCUCUCUUCUUGUGUUUUAGAAGAAGAUGGCGAUUCAAGUUGGUCAUUUGUACAAUAUAUACAAGAAGAAUUUGUGCACCAAUUUUUUUGGUUGGUGUCUCUCUAGAGUACUCAUGGAUGGAUCUUCUGAUCAUUUUGUCUGGUGUAAGUUUGUGUAUAUGAAUUUAUUUUCAAAUUUUAUAUUAAUGGAGUUUCAUAUGUUGGAUGCA